UUUUGUUGUAUAUAAGUUUAAAAUAGAGUCAACUUUUGGCGCUAUUCUGAAUCCCAAUAUAUAUGAUGUGAUUGUCCAGAGAAGAGGACCUUCUCCUUCGUAGCUUUCUGCUGGUGCAUCAUCGUUGAGCCAUGAAAAAAACCCUCAGCAUUCUCCUCUUCCUCCUUCCCACCAUAACCAUCUCACUUUCUGAACCCCUUGAACCAAAGCAAUUAAAGGCUCUUCAAUCCCUCAACAUCCCAACCACAGAAGAUCCAUGCUCCCAACCCUCCUUAGUCUGCGACACCUCCACACCCUUCCGCCACAUCACCACCCUACAACUCUCCAACUGCACCUCUCCCCACCUCUCUCUCUCCUUCGCAGCCCUCAAAUCCCUCUCCACCCUCCACUCCCUCCUCCUCCUCAACUGCCCCGUCACCUCCACCCCCUCCCCCACCCGCUUCCCUCUCCAACUCUCCUCCACGCUCCGCUCCCUCACCUCCGUCAACAGCCUCCUCAACAUCUCCGCCGUCUCCCUCUCACACCUCAGGAACCUCACCCACCUCACUCUCUCCAACCUCACCAUCAAAGCAUCCGCUCCCUACGUUCUCUUCUCCCACAUCUCCAACCUCCAGACCCUCACCAUUUCCCACGCCAACCUCGCCGGCUCUCUCCCUAAACACAUCCACUCUCCCAACCUCACCUACAUCGAUCUUUCUUCCAACAACCUCCGCGGAAACAUACCCUCCUCCCUCACCAUGUUGGACAACCUCCAAGUUUUGAUCCUUUCUUCUAAUCAACUCAAGGGUGAGAUACCCUCUUCCAUUGGGGACCUCAUUUCUCUGAAAAACCUCUCCUUGGAUUCCAACUCCUUCUCCGGCUCUGUUCCCGACUCCUUGUCCGCCAUACCCGGUUUGGUUCACUUGGAUCUCAGUUCCAACCAGCUCAAUGGGACCAUCCCAGACUUCAUUUCCCAAAUGAGUAACCUCAAACACUUGAACCUCGCAAACAACCUCCUUCGCGGGGUUCUGCCUUUCAACUCCACUUUCAUCGACAGGUUGCAAGUGUUCAAGGUGGGUGGCAACGGGAACUUGUGUUACAACCGUUCGGUUCUGCCUUCCCAGUUGAAGCUGGACAUCGCUCCUUGCGAUAAGUUCGGAAGGCCGGUGUCUCCUCCACCCUCCAAACGUUCUUCUGCAGAUGAUAGCAGCGAUGAUGGAGACUAUGAUGGUGAUUAUGAUGAUGGAGAUGCCAGUGUUAGUCACAAGAAGGAACAUCAUCAUGGACCCAACAAGGUGGUUCUUGGUGUGGCCAUAGCGCUUUCUUCCAUGGUCUUUGUCGUUGUUUUUCUAAUCCUGUGCUCCAAGUGCUGUCGCUGAAAAAAAAGUUUUGGUUUCUGAAACGAUGAAAGGUGCCCCCAUAGAAUCAUGAGAGGAAAAUUGUUUAUGUUGAGCUUUUGUUUCAUUUGGUAUUUUAAUGAAUUUCUUGUGCAGUGCAAUGAUUUGCAUAGGAGGAGUGAUAAUGGCCUUUGCCACUUUUGUAAUUAGCUCUUUAUGAGUAGAAAGAGGUGCAUGCUGUAUCCAGAAAGAAGCGAUUAACUUCUGCUAGAAGCACUUAUUUCUCCCACUUCACCACUGUGCUAGCUCAACAACCCUCACUCUUACCUUUUUGUUUGUUGCGCCACACUUUCACAACUCUUUCCUCAAAUAAACCUUGAUUGAGGAGCAUACUUUUCGUAACAUUUUCUUGUUAAAUAGGUUAUUAAAAGGAUAUAACUAAGAAAUAAAAUUUAUAAAAUUUUAUGAUUGUUUUACCAAAUUAAUGACAACUUCUUGCGUUAAAAACUAAAGUCAAUGUGGGAGAGAAUGGCUAGUUAGCAAGA